GAGCACAAGGCCCUGGACGACGUUGUCCGGGAGACUCGGAAGGAUGGCGCGAAGAAGCGCAAGGCGGCCCUGGAAGAGAAGAAGAAGGCGUCGGCGGCCGAUCAAGAUCAAGCGGCCCCGGAGUCCUCCGUUCUGGAUGCGCACCAAGCAAAUCAGGAUGAGGCUCCGGAGGCGGACUCGGCCGAGUCUGUGCCGGCCGGCACCGAAUAUGUCCCAGACCCGGUGACGGGACUGGAUGAGGGUGAGUCCACACAGGAUGAUGAACCCGCCCAGGCGUCUGUGGAAGGCGCCGAUGAGGUUGAGCCCCCGGCUGAGGAUCGAGUUUCGGACUCUCCCCAGCCGGAUGACGAAGUCGAGAUUCUGGACGAAGCCCCGACGAUCAAGCAUGAAGGCCCGCUGUCGACUGUCCAAGAAGACGGCGUACGGAAUGACGAAGCCGACACCCGGUCUGUGCCCGCGCAAUCAAGUCCGGCCGCGACCGCCCAAGCUCCCGCGCUCAAGAUGGAAGCCCAAUCCAGUAUGGCGCCCUCGGAUUCGCGAGGACCCGACGAGACCAAGGCUCAAGUGAGCAAGGUUCAGGCGAAGGUGUACGUGGCCGAACAAGUGCGUCGCUGGGAGCAGCAUCGUGAACGCGCUGCCGUCCCGCUCAAGGUGGAGUACGCCUGGCCCGAGCUGGCACCCGCCUUCACCGAACGGUGGACCGCCGCGCUGGCGACGUCGAAGUACCUGUCGGACCGGAUGGCCAUGGCGAGUCAAGACGCUGCGUGGAUCGCGGAGCUUGGUCCGUGCGUUGCGCUCAACCAGACUCUCCUCUUCGCUGCCGGUUUCAGGUUUCACAACCGGAUCCCGAUGUGGUUCCAGUCG